AUGGAAAUGCUAGUUCCUCUCGCAUCGAUGACACCACCGCGUCCACUAGCUCUUCGAUCUAUUGCUGUUAUUGGACCUACGUGUUCAGGAAAAAGCUCAAUAAUAAAUGCACUAUGUGGACGUGAGGUUGCUCCAGUAGGAAUUGAUAAAACAACAAAAUAUAUUAAGUCAUAUAAGGAGAAGCAUUUUUGUAUUUACGAUACGCCAGGAUUUGGUGAUUUGGAUACAAAUUUCACAAAAGAAAAUAUUAGCUUGUGGAAAGGGCUCACUGAGGACGUAAAGUUUGGUUCAGCACUCCCAUCAGAUCUUUUAGAUGACGAAUAUCUUAUACGUAUUAUCGAUCCUUCUCAACUUAUUACAUCUCCAAUAGAUCAAGUGGGUCCUUAUCAUACAGUUGCUAAAAUUUAUCCUGACGUAGAAAUGUGGUUUGAAGAAAUGACAAAUACAAGAAAUCGAAAGUUUGCGGCUAUCGUAUUAUUACCUAAUCGAACACCAAGUCAAGUAGAAGAGUUUAUUCGAACAAACAUACAUAACCACCGUGGUGUAGAUGUUUGCUUUGUAAUAUCUGAUGAUGGUAAUUUGUACGACACUCAAUGGUGUACAACGUUCUCGCCUGAAAUGAGAUGGUCUCGUUCUAUUGAUGAUCGUUGGUGCGACAAUGUUCAAGCUGCUUGUUGCACUGCCAGUGAUUUAUAUAUUAAUCACUAUCAAAAGCAAGAAAUGCGGAGUAGGGAUGAAAAUAACGAGGCAAAUACUAGAUGGUUUCGUUUGCAACAAUGUAAUAGAGCUGUAAUACAGACACAAUACAAUCAACUACUUAGCAAUUCAUCUGAGUAUGAUAAUCAAUAAUAUAAACAUAGAUAUAUUUCUUAGAACAUGUUUUUUUUGUAUUUCAAAGCGCAUUGCUGUUUAUUGAUAGAUUUUAAUUUUCGUUUUUGAGAAUACACUUAGGGUAUACCAAAAGUUAGUAUCUCAGCAUUACUUAACCAUAGAGUAAGCUUUAAGAAACUUUCUUUCUGCACAGUCAGAUAGAGAAAACAAUGCUCUAUUUUUCUAUGCUAUUUGAUUAUACUUCAACUAAUAUCGUGAUAAUAAAUUUUCGAUAAGACUUUUUUCGUUAUCAUUUGUGCUCGUAACGGGUGAUCGGAAAUUAUUUGAACAAAAUAUUGGUACACUUUUGACCCGCUAGAAAGUACUUUCCACAAAUCAAAGGGUAUACAUUAGAACCAGAAUUUUGUGCUCUUUUCGAAUAUGGGGUCAGAAAUUUUCCCACAGUUUUAAUCUGAGAGUAAUGAAAUAAUCUUUAAAGAGCCCGAAAACUUAGUUUGGGC